GCAGCAGCGACCGGCGCCUCGGUAGAGUUUGACGUGGCACUCUGCUUUCACGGAGACGGUGAAGAAGGACUCUGCCCAGUGUUCAGCUCCACAGGUUGUCGAAACUCUUUCAUCUUGGCAUGAGAAGACAGUGACAGCCAUCCCCAUUAAAACAAACGAAAUGAGUCAACAGGGUUAUGUUGCUGCACCCCCGUACUCCCAGGCCCAGCCAGGGAUGGGGGGCUACCAGGGUGGAUUCGGACCUGGUCCUGCACAACCCCUUUACGGGCACUAUGGAGGGCCACCUCAGGCGUUCAACGCUCCACCAGCAGGUAUGAUGAAAUCGCCUGUUUCCUCAGCUGCUGCCAUGCCUCCGCCUCCAGUGUCCAGUCAGUACAGUCCGAACGCCCAGCAGAACGGCGCUCAUCCGCAAAGGUAUCCUGCUCCACCAGCUGCUCCUUAUGGACAGCCUCCACCGUCUGCAUACACCACCAUGGCCUCACCUGUCGCUCCUCCAACACAGCAGCUCACCAAUCAGAUGGGUGCUAUGAACUUGGGCAACUAUGGCCCAGGUCCCAUGCAGGGCGCCGCCCCUCCGACAAGCCCGGUGGCUCAGCAGCCUUUCCAGACGCCACCUCCUCCAGCCAUGGGGCAGAUGCCUCCAGGCCCGCAGUCACCCCUACCGACCAUGCCAAUGGGGGGCCAGUCGAUGGCAGGUCCACCCAUGGCAGGCAUGGGUAGACCCUUCCCCGGGCCUCCUCCGACAGGCCCUGGAGGGUUCCAGCAGCCUGGUCCUGGACUUGCUGGUCCUGGACUUGCUGGUCCACCAGGAUUCCCACAGCAAGCAGGUCAGUUUGGGGGACCCAUGGCCGGGCCCCAGCCAGGCAUGCCGGGAGCCUUCCCCACAGCACCAGGUGGAAUGGCUGGCCCUCCUCAGAAGAAACUGGACCCCGACUCUAUCCCAAGCAUCACUCAAGUUAUUGAAGACAACCAGGCAAGACAAGGGGGGCAGGUCUACAGCACAAACCUGAGAGGACAGGUUCCACCUCUGGUCACCACUGACUUCACCGUACAGGAUCAAGGCAAUGCCAGUCCCAGGUUCAUGCGCUGCACCACCUACUCACUACCCUGCACUGCUGAUCUGGCUAAACAGUGCCAAGUACCCCUGGCCUCCAUCAUUAAACCCUUUGCCAGUUUGCCAAAGAAUGAGACUCCUCUGUACGUCGUGAAGCACGGCGAGACCGGCCCGGUGCGCUGCAACCGAUGCAAGGCCUACAUGUGUCCCUACAUGCAGUUUCUGGACGGCGGCCGUCGCUUCCAGUGCGUUUUCUGCAACUGCGUCAAUGAAGUGCCAGUUUUCUACUUCCAACACCUUGACCACAUGGGACGAAGGGUGGAUUUCUAUGAGAGGCCUGAACUGUCUCUGGGGUCCUAUGAGUUUGAAGCCACCAUGGACUACUGCAAGAACAACAAGCCUCCCAAUCCUCCUGCCUACAUCUUCAUGAUCGAUGUCUCCUACAACAACAUCAAGAGUGGCCUGGUCAGACUGAUAUGCGAUGAGCUCAAGACUCUGCUGGAUAAGCUGCCCAGGGAGGAAGGCAUGGAGAGCUCUGCCAUCAAGGUCGGCUUUGUUACCUACAACAAGAUCCUCCACUUCUACAACGUGAAGAGCGCCUUGGCCCAGCCGCAGAUGAUGGUGGUGUCGGACACGGCCGAGAUGUUCGUCCCCCUGCUCGAUGGCUUCCUCGUGAACUACCAGGACUCCAGAGCUGUUAUCUACAACCUCCUGGACCAGAUCCCCGACAUGUUUGCAGACACCAACGAGAGUGAAACGGUCUUUGCCCCUGUCAUCCAGGCUGGAGUGGAAGCAUUUAAGGCAGCAGAAUGUAGCGGAAAGCUCUUCAUCUUCCACUCGUCCAUGCCCACCGCCGAGGCUCCCGGCAAGCUGAAGAACAGAGACGACAAAAAGCUGGUCAACACCGACAAGGAGAAAAUGCUGUUCCAGCCUCAGAAAGGAGUGUAUGAGCAGCUGUCUAAAGACUGUGUGGCACAGGGCUGCUGCGUGGACCUCUUCCUCUUUCCCAGCCAGUACGUGGACUUGACCACCAUGGCCGACGUGCCUUCACACACCGGAGGCUCCGUCUACAAGUACAACAACUUCCAGAUGGAGACGGACGGGGAGCAUUUCCUGAGAGACCUGAGGAAAGACAUACAGAAGAGCAUCGGGUUUGAUGCCGUCAUGCGUGUUCGCACUAGCACAGGCUUCAGAGCCACAGACUUCUUUGGUGCCGUUUACAUGAACAACACCACAGACAUCGAGAUGGCAGCUGUGGACUGUGACAAGGCGGUGACGGUGGAGUUCAAGCACGACGACACGCUCAACGAGGAGACUGGAGCUUUCAUACAGUGUGCCUUGCUGUACACCACCAUCGGCGGGCAGCGGCGUCUCCGCAUCCACAACCUCAGUCUGAACUGCAGCUCGCAGUUGUCGGAGCUGUACAAGAGCUGCGAGACGGACUCACUCAUCAACUUCUUCGCCAAAUCAGCUUACCGCGCCAUAUUGAACCAGCCUCUGAAGAAUGUGCGGGAGAUCCUGGUCAACCAGACGGCCCACAUGCUGGCCUGCUACAGGAAGAACUGUGCCAGCCCCUCCGCAGCCAGCCAGCUGAUCCUGCCUGAUGCCAUGAAAGUGUUCCCGGUCUACAUGAACAGCCUGAUGAAAACGGCUCCCUUGGUGGGCAGCACGGAGCUCUCCACCGACGACAGAGCCCACCAAAGGCUGUCGGUCCUGGCCAUGGGGGUGGAGGACUCUCAGCUGCUGUUCUACCCACGCCUCAUCCCACUGCACAACCUAGACGUCAGCAGUGAGGCGCUGCCAGCUCCGGUUCGCUGUUCAGAGGAGCGUCUGUCAGACUCUGGCGUGUUCCUGCUGGAGAACGGCCACUCCAUGUUUCUGUGGCUGGGCCAGGCGACCUCACCGGACCUCGUCCAGAGCAUCUUCAACCUGCCCUCGCUCGCCCACCUGCAAGGAAGCAUGUGCGCGCUGCCGGAGCUGGACAACCCGAUGUCGAAGAAGGUCCGAUCCAUCAUCAGUGGCAUUCUCGAGAAGAGGCCGAGCUCUAUGAAGCUCCAAAUCGUGAGGCAGCGAGACAAACCGGAGAUGCUGUUCCGUCAGUUCUUGGUGGAGGACAAAGGUUUGCACGGCAGCACUUCCUACAUGGACUUCCUUUGCUACGUUCACCGAGAGAUCAGGCAGCUCCUCACUUAACCCCGAUCCGCCGCGCUCGGCCUCGGCGUCCCGCCCCCCCCCGCCCGACUGACCUGCGAGCAGCAGAGCAUCUAACGGACCAAAACCUCACAGGGUCAGUCUGAGCAGGUUCCAUUUAAAUCUCGAUCCACCAAAAGACAGAGGGAGGAACCAGGGAGAGCCCCGAAGCUGCCUUUCCAACUCGCCGGUGUCGUCGUUUCGUAUAUACGCACAGUAUGAUCUCCAAAUAACCGCUUGUCCCUCGAGGAGCUUUCGAGUAAAUCUGGACGAAUGAAAUGGACUCACAUCCAACGUUUCCCGCUCGGAUACUUUGCGUGAUGGACUGACUGGAAUGACAUCAGUGCCUGAGGCUGAAUGCGUUUUGGCAUCAGGCCCGCUGGCAUAAAGCAAUACAACUUUCACUGUGUAUUCGAUUGCUUCAAGCAUCUUUUUUCCCCAUUUCAUUUUGUAGAUUUAUAAGACGAGGGGUUAUUUGUGGGCCAUACUGUAGAUAUCCAGCAGUCUUUGUUAACCCCCAGAGAACACACAAGCAUAUAAGGAGUCUCAGUCAUCUUUUUUUUAAAACAGUAAAUGCUCAAAUAAUAUUUAAACAAUUUCUUCAUUUCAUUUUGUUGUCUGACUGGAACUGCAUUAGAUUAGAUGUUUAAACAGUACCUGCUGAUGCAUAAUUCAACUAAAACAACCAUCUUGUUAUGACACCACGAGUGAUUCAAGGCAUUCGAUUCACACAUGCCCCCACCAAAAAUCCAAUUCUUUGACCAUUUACGGCUGAGACUUUAUCUUCGCAAGCAGGCAAGAAACACGAUGAAAUGAACACAGCUGCUGCGCCACAGGACCGACUCACGUGUCCUGAUGAAAAUGACUUCUGUAAAAAUUCCUCUAAACAGUAAAAGACUCAGAGUUGGUUCUAAAAAAGGGAACAUAUUUAAUGAGAAGGAUUGUAGAGGGUUUGAAAUGGAAAAAAUGGGCCAAAUGUGAAGAUUUUUCCUCAAAUUCACCACAAUCCAACAAGAUUUUGAUUUGUUAUCGUUUGUGUGUGCGCCAUAUUUUUUUAAUGAGAAACGACUUUGACAGUUCACUGCACUUCUGUCAGCUUAAAUCAGACUCUGCCAAAGUGGAAAAGUGGUAAAACUAUCAGGUAAUACUGGAUCGUCUUCGUAUCAGCGGACCUCCAGAGUAAAAGAGUCUUUGCCGUUUAACCCAAACUCAUCAAGUCUACCUACGAUGGUAUUUUACAUUUCAGCCUCCAAUUCCAGAACAGUUACAGCAUCGUACUGUAUCCCAUCGCUCGUUUUUAUCGAAUGCUUCUGUGUAAUAUCCAUUUGAUAAAUAUCGUCUGAUCUUGUGUACGUACGGCCGACAAAAAAAAGAGUUUUUUGGUACAUUGAAAAGUGCAACUUGUGUUUUCGAAAAUACUACCACCUGCCUUACGUUGAUGAAAUAGUUGUUGAACAUAUAUUAAAAUAUACAUGUUGUAGAGGUAUAUAUAUAUAUAUACACGACUUCAGAUCUCAGUCUGUCCGGUUUGUAUGCAAACUUAUCUCAGGUAAUUUCACGACGUUUCCUAUUCUGAGUUGAAAGCGGCGAUUUGAAUCUAACUGGAAAGACGGAUGGAUGUGUUUGGAGUCGACUUCGGUUCGGUGUGCCAUGUAUGUUUCAUUCCUAAAAAAAAACAAAACAAAACAACCUUUUUGUCGAAUUAAAAGUCCGGACCUUAACUGUCGUUGCUCAGCUUUGUUAACCACAUUUUGUUUACAAGUGAAAUUCAUUGCCUUCUGACAUAUAAUAAAGUGAAAACUUAAAAUC